CAGUUUGGUCCGAACAAAAAUCAAAAAAUCUUAACCCCCCACCUUGACCAUAUCAUUCUCCUCUCAAUUCACCAUUGACGAUUAAAAAGAGCUAUGGCGGCACCGAUUGUUAACGCUGAGUACACGAAAGAGAUCAACAAGGCUCGCCGUGAUCUCCGCUCAAUCAUCUCGAGCAAGAACUGUGCUCCGAUCAUGCUUAGAUUAGCAUGGCACGAUGCUGGAACCUAUGAUGCACAGUCGAAGACAGGGGGACCUAAUGGGUCUAUAAGGAACGAAGAGGAGUACACUCACGGCGCCAAUAGUGGUUUAAAGAUCGCUCUUGAAAUCUGUGAGGGAGUGAAAGCUAAACAUCCUAAAAUCACCUAUGCGGAUCUGUACCAGGUGAUUAUGAUUUUUUUACCUUAAAACUAUCAUGUACUUUGUUGCUUUGUCUGCUCAGUUACUGUAUACUGCACGUGUCUCAUAUGCUCCUCCCAUGUUUAGACUUGUUUUGGUAGGCUAGGUUGAUGGUUGAGAUGUGUAUUUAUGUUUAGUUUUCCAACAGAGGAAUAAUGGCAGUUUGUUCCAGGAGAUCUUGCCUGAUUGUGAUUUGGUUUAUAAGAACUAGAGAUUGACUAAGUAGUUCAAGUAAACCAUACACAUAGAUUUCAAAAUAACAUAUUUUUGAAAUUGAGUUCCUGAAUUUGGCAUG